AACAGUCAAGCUGAGAUCAUGCAGAUGCUGGCAAGCGAGAACGAUGAGUGGGCCGAACUCUAUCCUCUACUCGGCAAGCUUUCUGCGGCUGGGCUGGUGAUCCCGGUCUCAAGUGUGAACUGUGAGCGAGACUUCUCGACGAUGAACCGGGUGAAAACUGACCUGCGAAAUAGACUUCAGGGGGAGCACCUGGCAGCAUGCCUCCGAAUAUCCAUAGAUGGACCGGAAUCGGAACACUUUCCAUACCAGAAAGCCCUGGAGAGGUUUUUUGACAAGCCGCGACGGAUCCACUGCUCAAACAGGCUGUGCCGUCUGUGCAACCAUUAAGAUUGUUGCUCAUUUCAUUCACCAGUUUGUAUAUAGUUAAAAUAAAGUUAUCCGGUGAUUGACGAUCAGA